AUGUAUGAUGACACAGGAGUAUCAAGCAGAGGAGAAGAUCUCCAGCUGUAUGGGUCUUGCCGUCCCCUGCCCCAACAACCCGUAAGGAAAACUGGAAUUGUAGAAGACGAAUAUGAAGACUUUGACAAAGAGAGCGACUAUGACAGCAUCUCGGUGCCUCAGGAAAUGGAGGAGCCAAAGGCACUGCCUGAACCACCAGCCACAGCUCAAUGCACCUUAACUCUAGCCCGAUGGACCUUAACUCCAGCCCAAUGGAAAGGCUGUUGGAGAAACUGCCUGGUUCUGCUCCUGGCUCUUGUGGGUCUCCUGAUCGGCAUCAUUCUCCUUGUACAGCAUGCCGCCAUCUUCUCUGAGCUUCGGAAGCUGAAUACCAGCUGUGAUGUUUCAAUCAUCCCUCUAACAGCUGACAAAUUGAAGACCGCUUUUCUGAAAGAACUUAAAGCUUUAGAAGAACGUAAUUACAAGAGGAGUGAAGCAACUGAUAGAAAAGUGGAGGAACAAAUAUCUAAAUUGGAUGGAAAAAUAAAUGCAUUGGAAAAUAGAGAAAUCUGCAGGAGGACUGACCCUUUAUCCUGGCAUGAGUUUCUAGGAAGUUGCUACUACUACUCAGAAGACGAAAAACAAUGGGAAGAUGCCAGAAAAUUCUGCAUUACUAUCAGUUCCCACCUGGUCAUUAUUAACAGCAAGCAUGAGCAGAAUUUUGUGAUUACAAAAAUAAAGCUCACCUCGGUCUGGAUUGGCAUAAGUGAUGCAGUGAACGAGGGAGUGUGGCAGUGGGUUGAUGGAACAGCACCAACAGAAAGGUUCUGGAGGCAAGGAGAGCCCAACAAUAAUGAUGGUGUGGAAAAUUGUGCUGUCCUUUAUAAGGAGGGUAAUUGGAAUGACAUUGACUGUAAUUUAAAAGUCCACUUUGUCUGUGAGAAGCCAACAGGUUGCAAUUGCUAA